AUGUCAGAAGUGAAUUCAAUUUCGGAAGACAAAAGCUCACUCAGUGACUCACAAGCUGAGCCUUUCUCACCUAGCACUACCCCAUCUUUGAAACCUAAUUCUCAAAUUGCUUCACGCUCUAUUGAAACUAACGAGCGAUACGAACGUGAAAAGAAUCAAAUUGCAACGGAACGCGAAUCUUUAAACGAUGUUCAAGUUUACCUUAAUAAUCUAAGGGAACAUUCAUCAAAUAAGGAUAAGCCUUUUGCCGAUCCGAAACUAGAAAAUAUUCUUGCACCGCCAGGAACGAAUCUUUUAUUAGCACACAUGCAGAGUCUAAGUUGGGAGCAAAAAUAUGAUGCAAAACGAGAAUAUCCUUUCGCGUCAGGAAUUCAUUAUUAUGCGCCAUCACCUUUAGGAUAUUUCACUACAUAUACUGAUGUUAGCAAUAUUGCUGAGAAUGGAACAAGAUUAAAUGUCUCGUCGAUAGAUCCGAAAUUUUCAUGUUUGGAUCCGACUUGUCCACAGUGUCGUUAUGAGUAUCUUAUGACAAAUCAAUCAUUCAAUCCUUCUUCAGUUUACGGGGCUUUCCCUGGCAAUUUGCCAUAUCCUCAGCAAAACAAUACAAUCGGUAAUAUCUCAUCGCCAUUGUAUCCUUCCUCUCAAUCAUCUGCGACAAAUGGUGGUGUUAUCAAGCAAGAAUUCACUGCUUCUGAUAUCACAUCUCAAGAAGCUUCUUCGUCACAUUCGCAGUAUUCUGGUGCUGCAAUUAAGAAGAAUUUUAAUAAUACAGAAAUUCAAGAUCUAAUAAAAAGAGCAAAGACAGAAUGCAAUGAAUGCACAAAUACAAUCAGAAGAAGGCGAACACGUAGUAGAUCUAACAAAUUAUCUUCUGACGUCAAGAAAUCACACACUAUUUCUAAAUCAUCAACUCCAGCACCAGCUCCUGUCACUUUUGACGAAGAAGGUCCUAGGACAAAGACGGGAGAACUACUAAGAUGCAACAAUUGCGGUGCAACUGAAACCCCUGCAUGGCGUCGUGAUGCGGAAGGAGUCAAUUUACUCUGUAAUGCUUGUGGAUUAUAUUUGAAAAUAAAAGGACGUCAUCGUCCAAUAGAGGUUGGUCCCGAUGGCGAAAUUCGUCUUGUAAAGUCAGAAAGACGUAAUAAUACAAAUAAAUGUGAGGAUUGUGGCGUCGCUAACAUUAAAUUUUAUAAAGGAUCUGAUGGUCGUCGACUUUGCAAUCGAUGCGUUCGUAAAGAAAAAACUACUCUGCCGCAAUCAAAGGCAUCAAUGACGUCUCGUGCUUCUUCCGAAUCCAAUGAAGAAUCUCUUCGUUAUCAUCCAUACUAG